AUGGAUCCCGGGUUGUUGUAUGACUUAAGCAUGAAUGAUUACCUAAACUUUCUUUGUGUCUCUGGCUAUAACCAGACUCUGCUAAAGGCGUUCUCUGGUGCUCAUUAUCGUUGUCCUGAUAUAAUAAACAUCAUGGAUUUCAACUACCCUACAAUGACAAUACCAAAACUUUAUGGGUCAGUUAGUUUGACACGAAGGGUGAAAAAUGUUGGGUCACCAGGCACUUACAGAGCAAGUCUGAGAGUAUCAGCAGGUCUUUCCAUCUCUGUGAAGCCAAAUGUGCUGAAAUUUGACAAGAUUGGUGAAGAGAAGAGCUAUAAGUUGACAGUGGAAGUAACAAGCCCAGGUGAUGAUGAAGCAUUUGGAGGCAUAACAUGGUCAGAUGGGAAACAUUAUGUAAGGAGUCCAAUUGUAGUUGGUGGGGUUAGAGGAGUUUUUCACGUGCUGGAUAAAACCCAAUUCAUUGAUUUAGGUAAGCUUCACCAACAGUUGAAUUUGGAAGUGAGACGGAAAAGAAGGAGCAAAGCCCUAUCUCAGAUUGCUUUCGUUGGUGUCUUGUGCCAGGGGGGAACGGUGGAUUGCAUGAAAUAA